GGUAAAUAGGCUGCAGUAGUUCUCACACUCAACCUGCAACUGAAGAGUCACAACGUUUAUUAUAAUAUAUCAUCGAAUAUAAAAUGGAAUAGCUACAAACAAUGACAGAACUGAACUUCAUCCUUGUGUUCGUUCACGUGAUGUCUUCUGGGCCUGGGACACAUGCAGUAAAAACAGCUAAGGUGGUCUAUCAUGCGGCGGAGCACGACAACAUCACCAUCAGUUGGGACUUCCACGCCCAGACUGAUGUGUCUUCCACCACCUUGAACUGUAUUGAGAUUUCACAUCAUUCUAGGAUUCUGUUUCUGAUGGUAAGGGGGGAUGAAGUCGCAGAAUUUCAAGAUCCUCAGUUUAGAGGACGAGUUCGUUGUGACAAAGACGCUCUCAAAGAUGGUCAGAUUAAGUUCAGACUGUCCAGACUGACUCCAGAAGACUCUGGAAGUUACGUCUGUCAGCUGACACACUUUGACCGGACACUUGGAAGAACAGCUGUUCAAGCCUCUGUAAACUUUGUCUUGAAUGUGGACAACUCUCCUUCAGCUCAGAAACCUCCACCGUCAAGACCGGUGGUCACUAAAAAGCCACCUACUGAAGCACCAUCAACUAAGAUGAAAUGGGGCAUGGCUCUAGCGAUUGUUGGAGUAGUUGCUGUUGUUGGACAUUUUGUGAUAACUUUUUAUAUACAAUAUAGCAAGGAUCAACGACAGGAUAACAGGCUUCAACAACGGGACGCUCUCAUCGACCUCCUGAUCAUCGUCAACAUCAACAGCACAGGCGAGCAGCAUCGUGGCGACUUGGCUGCUCCGGAUGAUUGAACACUUGAUAGAGAGCAAACACGCCCUGAUCCAGACACUCCUCUGAUGACUCCACAGACCAACCAACAGGCAGAGGACAACUUGGUUUAGAAGUCAUCUGUCUGAUCUUUGAUCAGGUUUGACUGGCUCAGUGUUUCUUAAUACCAGUCCCCGGGACCCCUGGAUGUUUUAGACCAGUAGUCUUCAACCCAGGUUCAAUUCAAUUCAAUUUUAUUUUUAUAGCGUCUAUUACAACAAGAGUUGUCUCUAGACCCUUUCCAGAGACCAGAACAUGACCCCCGAGCAAUUAUUACAUAAACAAUGGCAGGUAAAAACUCCCCUAGUGGGAGAAAAACCUUAAGCCAAACAGUGGCAAGAAAAACUCCCCUUUAGGAGGAAGAAACCUUGAGCAGGACCAGGAUCAUAAGGGGGGACCCUCCUGCCGGAGGCCAGACUGGUGGGAUCGGCAGGCCAGGACGUCAGCAAGCACACAGCAGACAUCCACACAGGCAGGUGGAAGCAGCAGUGGGGUGAUCAGAGGGGGGGACUGCAGGCCAGCAGCUCCUGAAGCUCCGGCCUGCAAGCAUGCACAGAAGAGAAAAAAGGGGGCCAGCACAAGAAACUACAGGAGGAUGGACAAAAAUGAUGGCUAGGAGAUACUUAUAAUAAAUAAAAAAAUGGAAGAGGAGAAGAGAAGAAGGAAAGAGGAGAGGGGAAGAAGGGUGAGAGGCACCGCCCAGUGGAUCAUGUCAGUGCCCCCCUGCAGCAGAGGCCUAUAGCAGCAUAUCUACCACAAAGCUAUAUUUGAGACUAACUAUUAUAGUCUUGUUCUAUAGCUGCAGCUAUGACUACUGACUCUAACACACUAGAGUUUACACUAACUAGAGGUCCUGGAAAUAUACUGUCCUGGAUGUUUUAGAUGUUCUCUGUUUCAGCACCGCGGAUUUUAAUUAAUGGACUUCACAAGCUUGUCAUUCCGGUUUAUAAAAUUCAUUUGUAUGAGGGUGUGUUAAUACAGGGAAACAUUUAAAACAUGCAGGAUAGUGGUUCUCCAGGACCAGACUUGGCCAUCCCUGAUGUAGUCUGUGUCAUUUUGCAAUAGACAAAAAAUUGGAUUUACCUCCCUUUUCAAAUGACUUAACCGUUUGGUUUCAGAUCCCACUGUGAAAAUCCAGCACCUCCAUAUGUAGUUUAUAUUUCAGGUCUAAAGGAACAAAUUAAAUAGAUAAUAGAAUAUUUUGGGAUAAAGGACCCAGUGGAGUAUACAAUACUAAAUAGUUUAAACUUUUAUACACCACUCAGGGAAAGUCUUCGAAUUAAAACUUUUCAGCCGAAGGCAUGUCGAAGAAUAUUCUAAGAUGUAUUUUUCUUUAAACUUUUGUAACCUUUAAGAAUUUUUACACAUAAUGUUUUAUUUGUUUUGCCCCUGUUAACAAAUGAAACAUGAAAUGGGCAGCAAAAUAUGAUGUUCACAUGUGGACGCCAGGUCUCAGGGGGUUAAGCUAGUCUUGAUUGAUGACGUAAUUUAUUCAAUCUUUCAACUGUACUGUAAUUGUUUUAGGAGGAGCUGCUGUGUUCAGUCAUCCGUUCCUAAGAACACUCAAUGUGUCUUAAUUUGACAUUAUAUCCCUGUAUGUUGUUGUAUAUAUGCACUGUACAGAUAUAUUUUUCUAUCCUUUGAUAAAAAUGUUUUUGACAUUUUUUAUGUUAAUGGUAUCAUACAUAGUACAUAUUUAAAGUCUCUUUGU